UCUACUUCAUCUACCCUUUCUUCCCAUUUUUGUUUGUUUCAGGUUCCAUAAUAUGUGUUCUGAAUCUUCAAAUUCCCGUUUUAGUUUUUGUUUCUUGUUGUUCUACUUUCUUUUCACUUCCUUCCAUUGUUGCAGCUCCACCAAUUUCUCCUUCUCUUCUUUCCCCGAUUCCUCCAAUAUCAGUUUCGUCAACAGUGCCUCAAGAAGCGUAGUUUUCGAUCAUCCUUCUCUCCGGCUAACGGACAACCAGAUUGGCGGCAGCGUCUUCAACAGCACGGGAAGAGCGUACUUCUCUGAGCCGAUUCAACUAUGGGAUCCAGUUACUAACAUAUCUUCUGAUUUCACUACUUAUUUUGAGUUUGUGAUCUCGUUUCCUAACGGGCGGAUCUCGAACGCCUCUGCCGGUGGAAUUGCCUUCUUCAUAGCUUCCGAGGAUUCCGCAUCGCCUCCUUUGAAUUCCAGCGGCGGAUGGCUAGGGUUGUUCAAUCAAUCCAACGACGGAGAUCCGUCGAAUCAGGUCGUCGCCAUUGAGUUCGAUAUCUUUAAAGAUCCAUGGGAUCCUAGCGAUAAUCAUGUUGGUGUGGACGUGAAUUCCAUCGUCUCCAUCGCUAAUCGUACUUGGAGUAAUACAAUGGUUUCUGGAGAUAUUUUGGGUGCUCGAAUCACUUACAAUGGAACAUUGGGGAGAUUGGAUGUUACGCUGAAAGAUCCUCAGGUUCCAAAUGAGUCGAUUACGUUGAAUCUUACUGAUGUUCCGAUUGAUUUGAAGGAAUUUCUUCCGGCUAGAGUGAUCGUUGGCUUUUCUGCAUCAACAGGUCAGUCAAUCCCAAUUCAAGCAAUUAGAAGUUGGAACUUCACAUCGAGUUUGGAUUUGAUUGUUGUAACUGGAAUUGUUGAGGGUAAAUCCAAAUUGUGGAUUGUGGGUCUGGUUAUUGGAUUGGUUGGCUUGACUUUUCUGUCUGGAUUCUUAUUUGUUGUUUGGUGGAGAAGAACAAAGAGGAAACAGAGAGAAAAAGAAGACGGAGAUGGUGGUGAUGAUGAUGAUGAUUUUGGUGAUGAGGAAAUUAGCAUGGUGGAGAAUGUUGUUGAUGAAGAAGAGUUCAUCAAAGGAACAGGACCAAAGAGAUUUGCUUAUAAGGAACUUGUCAAAGCAACCAACAAUUUUUCUCAAGAUGGAAAGCUUGGACAAGGGGGUUUUGGUGGUGUUUACAAAGGCUUUGUGACAGAACUAAACAUGGAAAUAGCAGCAAAGAAGAUAUCAAGCACUUCCAAGCAAGGAAAAAAGGAGUACAUCUCUGAAGUCAACAUUAUAAGCCGUUUGCGACAUCGAAAUCUUGUUCAACUUGUCGGAUACAGUCACGAACGCGGCCAUUUCGUACUCGUUUAUGAGUACAUGCAGAAUGGAAGCUUAGAUUCCCAUUUGUUUGGGAAGAAAUUACGCCUCUCUUGGCCUGUAAGAUAUAGGAUAGCCCAAGGAAUAGCCUCUGCCUUGCUCUACCUCCACGAGGAAUGGGAACAAUGCGUUGUCCACAGAGAUAUCAAAUCAAGCAAUGUGAUGUUAGACUCAAACUUCAACGCGAAAGUUGGCGAUUUCGGUUUAGCCAGACUUGUUGACCAUGGUCUCCGCUCGCCAACAACAAUUGUAGCAGGCACGAUGGGCUACCUAGCUCCAGAGUCCCUCCUCAUGAACAAAGCGAGUAAGGAAUCAGAUGUGUUUAGUUUUGGGGUGGUGGCAUUGGAGAUAGCCUGUGGGAGAAAAGCAGUGGAACACAAUGAAGAAGAAGAAGAAAAGAUUAGUUUGGUGAGUUGGGUUUGGGGAUUGUAUGGACAAGGAAGACUUCUUGAAGGAGUUGAUAAGGCAUUGAAUGGAGAAUUCAAUCAAGAAGAAAUGGUGCGUUUAAUGACUGUGGGGCUAUGGUGUGCACACCCAAAUCAUAACCUAAGAGCUUCCAUAAGGCAAGCAAUUCAAGUGCUGAACUUCGAGGCCCCUUUGCCUAAACUCCCAACACAAAUGCCUGUGCCUAUGUACUAUGCUCUCACAGCUCCCAAUGAAAACCCUGUUUCCUAUACUUACUCAACCAACACAAGCUCUCAAGUAUCAUUGCAAUCUGAUACAUCUCAGCCUGUUUCCUCCAAAUCAUCCUUGUAAUUUGUGCUUCCUCCUUUCUAUGGGACUCAAGUUGUUGAUGGAGAAUGUUGUUGAUGAAGAAGAGUUCAACAUUAUCUUGAAUAAUUUUAUACAUGCUAUUAUACAAAAAAUCAAACUUCUUCCUCUCAUAGAUGAAAGCAAGAAUCGAAAAAGGGCUCAUUCAAAAAAGAAAACAAGGUAUGUUUGAUACCAUACAAGUGCACGAACAUGAUAAUUUGUACAAUAUGUUGUCUUAGACACCAUAAAAUAUAUGUCGUGUUAAUUUU